AUGCCAGAGGCCGCUCGUGAACAAGCCCUACGUCGAUUGCCAGAAGAAAUCCACGAAGAAUACUUUGCAGCAGAGUUUGGUGCGCAGCUGAAAGAUCCGGACGCAUUCGCUGCAGAGGGCUCAGUGCUCAGCAUGGAUAGCGAUGAAGAUGAGCAGAUGGAGCUUCCGCCAGAAGCUGAGAUAGAAUUUGAUGCGGGCGAGCUGCAUCAUUCUAGUGGCCAUCUCGAACAAGGCAUAGAUGAACAUGAUUUGAAUGCAGUGGAACAUGAAAGUGAAGACGGGGACCAUGAAAUUCCUAUGUUUGAGCCCGAGCCCUUCGAGGAUCGAAUGGAAGAAGCAGGCAGCGAAAGAGCACAAGAGGAGCCAGCGCCGCAGCCCAAGAAGCGGCCUGCCAGCCAAAGAGCAAGUGCCAAGUCAAAGGCGAAAGUUCAAGCUGCGCAGAAAAAGCCUGCUGCGCGACAGCCUCGGCCGAACGAGCUAUGUCCGGGCACCCCGGGUAAGCCUUGCACCUUUUCAACAACCCUGCCUGGCACGCCCGCGAGCAUCCAACCAAAACGAGGAGAAAAGCAUUGCAUGUUUUGCAGUGCAGAUGCGUGUGAAAGAGCCUUUGCAUCCAAGCGGCCAAAAGUUUUACCUGUAUUGAAGAAGCUGCCUCCGGAAGACAGAUCCAAAGCAUUGAUCAACAUAGAGCAUUGGCAAGGCCAAGAAAAAGCUCACGAAAUGAAGUCCAAACUGACCAAUGCCAAGGCCAAGCCACCAAAACAAGAAUGGAAGCAGUUGCUCGAAGUCCGAAAACCAUUGAAGGCACCGAUGGAAGAAGAAGAGCAGAUCGAAUAUGAGCAGGCUGUUCGAAGAGAUCGCCAAAGAGCCAGACGAAAAGUUAUGUGCCCGGAGCACAAGGGCAAGCAUGGCACCCGAAAACAAGAGGAAAAAGAAGUUGCAGAAGUUCGAGCUCGAUUUGGCGAGAUCGCCGAUCUUGCGACCAACGACUGUGGCUUGCCCGCCCCGCAGGAUCCAACAGCUCGCAUGCUCGAAGCUUGGUGCAAGCAAGGAUCUUGGGCCAUGUGCACCACAUGUCAUUCGCUGCAGCCACAAAAUCUGGAGCCGAUGGACCUCAAGCGGGUGAAGAAGGCUACUAUGACACCCAAUAGGUGCACGGCCUGCCGCCAUGAGGAGUACGUGCCUGCAUUGGAGGAUGUCCCGCUAGUUUUGCGAAACCUGGCACCGGAAGUCUUGCAAGCUUUGCGACCGCUCGACAUCAACACAGGCCCAGCCGUACGAGCAGAUUACGGAUAUCGCGCGCACAUGAGCAUGAUCUCUUUCGCAUGGGCGCCCAGAAGCGUGGAGAGCAAGAUCAAAAAGCUCCCAAAGGCAGAUCGACGAAAAGCUCGAGCAGCUCUGAAUCAUCUCCUGAGCUGCAGAGAUAGCGACUACUGCGCAUUCUAUGACAAGCAUUUGGAAUUCUUGAACAGGCACGGGAAAGAUGCCGAGGAGAAGCUGCGCAAGAGGCCGCUUCGCUACAUCGAGCAAGAAGGUCUAGAGUGCGCACUAUGGCCCCACCUCUACUGGCAUCGCAACCUUUGCGAAACGGUGGCAAGAGCUUCGCAUGAAACCCGACGGGCGAAAAAGCGCAAAGCCAAGCGCCAAACAGUGGAUUCCGAUGUGGAAGACACUGAUGAGGACAGCGCGGAAGCCAGUGACGAAAGCAGCGGACCCAGCCCAGACAUCCAGCAGAGCAAGAUGGGCAGAAUCAAGCGCGGCUUCAUUCGAAAGGUGCUUUCCCCGGUCAUCGGCUAUGGCACAGAUUACGAGCUUUUGCAUUUCGUUUAUGACCUCAGCAUGUGGACCACGGUGGGAACCAAGAAGAACAUAGCUCGACAGUUCGAAGUUCCGCUCCGGGUGGUCUUGGCUGGAUGCCCAUGGGCCCCACAAUACUGGCACAUCAGACACCUGGCCGUGAUAGACAUGCAACGUCAGUGCGGCAAUGCAACUUUGUUCCGCACCCGGGCACCCUAUGAGACGACAUUUCCAUACCACGAAUGGGUGAUGCACGAACAACGGGAGGCCGGCCGUGCUCGCAUGCAUUUGGCAGGAGCAGAAACUCUCCACCAAGCCCAUGUCUUGCUCGAGCUGGACAAGGCUUUCAUUGCUGGAGCUCGUGGGAAAACUGCCCGUUCUGACCGGACAUGGAAGGAUCAUCUUCUUGGACCCGCCAAAGACAAAGACGUCCAGACCGUGAUCAGCCGUGUCACCCGCCUUGAGUUCCAAGAUGGAAAAAGAAAGAAGGCCACAAGAACUUAUCAUGGAAGAGGGACGACACAUAGCCAUUCAUUGGACUUCUUGCAGAACAUCAAAGACAUAGGUCUGGAAAGCAAGAUCUCAGCACAUGUUCCAAACAAGGAGCGCCACCCGUUGUUGCAUGGAUUGGUCAUGGAUAGUCAACUGGAUCGCACGAGCUCCAAGAUUCCAAUUCGAAAGCAAAAAUCAAGGUUUGAUGAGAAGACACAGAAAGUGCUACUCAAGCACACACCUAAAGACCACGACCGGCACGUGCGAGCAUACUUCCCUCAGACAAUGGAAGUCACCAAGUGCCACGAAGACAUCCAACAACCAGACGGGAACGGCGCAGUGCUCCGCUAUGUGGCUACCUACUCAUUGAAGUUUAGUGAUUCUAUGGAAAAGGAAUGGCUCAACGAGCAAGCUUCAGACUACAGCGUGGCCCGGCGCAUUCUUUUCAGCUACCACCCACUGGAACCAGAAAUGUGGCUUACCCUCGCGCAAGAAAGAUUCCCCCAAGUGGACUACAAGGGUUCGCUGGUAGACCUCUUCGUUCCUCUGCCAGACACGGAGAACAAGCCAAAGCUCUUGAAGAACUACGAGGACGCAACAUGGCGCAGCGACGACAUGCCCUUCAUUCAGUUCCUCCGGAAGAGCAACCAAGCUGGAGAGAUCAUGCGCCACAUCAAAGAAAAGCAUUUCCAAUAUGCUGCCAAAAUGGUCGAACAGGCCAUGAUCGAUGCAGAGGUGCCACCAAAACAGGCUGCCAAGCAGAGCACUGACCUAAUCAAGCACUACAAGCGACAGCUCAAGUCGGAUGCAUCGCUGGGCUCUCUGGCAGAGUUUGUGGAGAAUGAGUGGGAUGUGUGGCUGCCAGAAGUGGAGGAGUUUGCAAACAGCUACAAACCCCAAGCUGAAAAGUUGGUGGCGGCCAGCAUGUACAGUAUGCUCAACGACCGCUACUACGGCCAGUGGCUGGUAUUGCACAAGCCUUUUCGCGAACUGGAAGACCUCACAAAUGCAUUUGCCGAUGUUGCAACCCAGGCGCCUCCACAUUACAAGUAUUUUGCCAUGGCCUUGCACGCAGCUCCCGAAUUCUGGGGCAACGAUGGCUCCAUCCAAAGCCAAAUGGAAUUGGAGGCCCAUAGUCAAGCAAUGAUCAAAACUGUCUUGAGCAAGGUUCGGGCCCAAAGAAGCUUGGUUUGGAGCUGCUUCAACGGAGAAGUGGACCUCGACGGCAUGGUCGACGCAGAAAGCAGCUGCGAAGAAAGGGAAGAUGAGCAGGCCGAGCAGCCAAAGAUCAAUCUCACAGCAUCACAGAAGAGAUAUCGUGAGGCCAUGAAGGAGCCGAUGCAACGUGCCUUGAAAGCAGCCAAUGCAACCAGCGACGAAGAAAUCGAAGAACUGACGGUUGAAGCCCAGAACAGCAACAAGAUGUUGUUCGCCAACGGUGGCCCAGGUAGCGGCAAAACCUUUGCGUUGCACGAUCAAAUCAAGCACUGGGAAGCCCGAGGUGCUCGCGUACUCUUCGUGGUCCCCACUGGCCAGCUUGCAGCGGAGAUGAAGCCCCAGCACCCCAACAUCGAUGUGGACACCUACCAUGGCGGGCUCUUCUUUCACAAAGACCUCUCCGAAGCGCUGGGCAUCAUGACGCAAUACGACCUCAUCAUCUUGGAUGAGGUUUCAAUGCUGACCGCAGAGCAGUUCGAGAGAGUGGUUGCCAUGUGGGCCGCCGCUGACAAGCUACCGUGCAUCUUGCUGGCCGGCGACUUCUGGCAGAUGCCGGUGGUGGACAAGAACGCACGGCGCUGCGACGAAAGCCCUUUGUGGAGAUCCAAUGUCCGCGCCAUCACCUUUCGAGAACAAGUCAGAUGCAAAGACCCAGAACUGCAGAAAACAUUAUCAUUGUUGCGCACAGCAAUUCCCGGCAAGCGUCAGUUGAAGCGGAUCUUGCGCGGGCACAGGGCAUGGACUAGCCACGCGCCCGAAGCGUGGGACAUCUUGAACCUGUUGCGCAACCACCCUCAAACCACCAUCGUGACAUGCACCCGCAAAGCCAGCGGGCUGGUGAACGAGCUUGCCAUCCAAGUGCUCUUCAAAGACCGUCACAAGAGACCGCUCGGCGAAAUCCCCAUGGACUUUGACACAAACCCAGAUAAUUACCUUUCCGACGGGAGCCUCAAGAAGGGCAAGUUGCACCCAAAGAUGAUGCAGGUAUAUCAAGGCGAGCGGCUCUUCUUGACCAAGAACCUGGACAAGGAGAAUGGCUUUGUGAACGGCAUGCCCGCCACGGUGCAUGACUACGAUCCAAGAAGCCAGUGCCUCUCAGUGAUCACAAAGAUGGGGAAGAUGCUUGCGGUUCAUUUGUACACAGAGGAAGUUCAAGACCACGGAAAUGUGACGUGCUUCCCGGUCCGCUUGGGCUACGCCACGACGAUCCAAAAGAUUCAAGGGGCAACG